AUGACAUUCCUCACAGUUAUUUCAAUAGUUGGAUCAAUCCUCGUAACACCUUUUUUGAUGCUUCUAGUAUGUAUCAUAUUUUUGGCUUCUAUUGGAAAGUCCCUUGGUGUAAGAAGAUUGUAUGUGAAGGUUUUGCUGAUGAUUUUUGAGUAUGGUAGAAAAGAUAUUGAAUCUGCCCAGAAGCAUAAAAAUAAUGAAAUUGAAGAAGAUGAGGGUUACAGUGAAGAUACUGUCACCGCUGAGAAAGUCACUGAACUAUCUAACCCUUCCAAACCCAAUGGACUGAAAAAUGGGGUAGUCAAUGGAGGCAACACCCUGAUUACAAGGGAUGAAAAGUUGAUUUUUGUACCAGAACCUCCUACACAACAGAACAAAGAGCUAUCUGAUGAAGAAUUGAAAGAGGAAAAAUACAAAGAUUUCGAUUUGUCAGCUGUUUUCGACUAUGUACGAGCCGGGGUAGAAGCCAUCAUCGAAGAUCAAGUAACUUCACGUUUUGAGGCUGAAGAAUUGAAAAACUGGAACUUGUUGAUUCGCACAAACAGAGGUUACGAAUUCAUAUCAUGGAAGCUGACCUUCAUAUGGAUUUGCGGAUUCUUCAUCAGAUACUUCUUCUUAUUCCCUUUGAGGGUGAUCAUCUGUUGUUUUGGGAUAGCAAUGUUGGUAGCCACCACGCCUCUGGUAGGUCUUCUACCCAAAGGCGCGAUCAAGCGUUGGGUGAACAUGAGAGUCUACAAAAUGUGCUUCAGAGUCAUGUCGCGAUCUCUGUCCGGCUCAAUCAAUAUCCACAAUAAGCAAUGGCGGCCUGCGUGCGGGUCAGUGUGCGUAGCCAAUCACACUUCGCCAGUGGAUUGCGUCAUUCUGUCCACAGACAAUUGUUACUCCUUGAUCGGACAACGUCACGGCGGUUUCUUAGGGAUAUUCCAAAGAGCCCUGGCAAGGGCUUCGCCUCAUAUUUGGUUCGAGAGAUCGGAGACCAGAGACAGGCAUGCUGUGGCAAGCAGGUUGAAAGAGCACGUUUCUAAUCCAAAAAAUCCACCCAUUCUGAUUUUCCCUGAAGGAACUUGCAUUAACAAUACAUCAGUGAUGCAAUUCAAGAAGGGUAGCUUUGAAGUGGGUAGUAUCAUUUAUCCGGUCGCCAUCAAAUACGAUGCUAGAUUUGGGGAUGCUUUCUGGAACAGCAGUCGGUAUUCAAUGUUGCACUAUCUGUAUAUGAUGAUGACUAGUUGGGCGAUAGUUUGUGACGUGUGGUACUUACCCCCGAUGCACCAGGAAGAAGGGGAGACAGCCAUAGAUUUCGCAAACAGGGUGAAAAGUGUGAUAGCUAAGCAGGGUGGACUGGUAGAUUUAGUGUGGGAUGGUCAAUUGAAAAGAGUGAGAGCCAAGAAAGAGUGGAAAGAACGGCAACAAGAAGAGUUCAGCAAAACUCUAAAAGCUGAGUAA